CGGGGGAGGUCUGUGAUUGGUCCAGAACGGGGAAUUAGGCGAGGCGGGGAGCAGCUGCGGCUUCACGCGCACGGCGGGGUUCCAACCGUCAGUCCCGGUCCAUGUGUGGGAAGAGAGUGAGAGAGAGGGUCGCGUGUGUUCCACCCCCACAUUUCUUCCAAGAGAGCAAUGUGACGCGCAACAGGCGACCUCGUCUGAAAAGAAACGUUUUGUAUUUACCUUGAUGAGAGGGAGUUCAUUUGGUCAGAAACCUUAUUGUGCAACCUUCCAGGUUAAAAUAUGGAAGGAGCGACUGAUUUUCCAAGAGUUCAAAAUCAAAGGCUAAAUGAUGUGCCCCAGCAACUUCAGACAGAGAAUCUAACAAGAACUACCUUUGAACAGAAGAAUUCCUUAGGAGGUAACAAUGAAAUGGAGCCUGAACUGACGAAUCAAAGAUUGUCUCCUCUAGCUGUUGAUUAUGAUGGACAUCUGAAGGAAAUGAAUGAACAGCUGAGGUACUGUCAGGUGCAGAUGAGGGAAUUGCGACUAAAACUUGAACAAGUUACCAAGGAAAAUGAAAGAUUGCAUGAAGAAUUGAAAGAGGCUGUUGAAAAGCAGUUGGAAGCUCUACAAGCUGGUCCUACCUCAGGGGAUGGUACAUUCAUGGAUGAAAAUAUAAUAAGAAACCUUCAAGACCAGUUACAACUAGCAAAUAAAGAAAAGGAACAUGCAGUAGAACUUUGGCAGACAGUAUCACAGGAGUUGGAGCGACUUCAGCAGAUAUAUCAUGCACACAUGACAGAAGCACAGAUUCAUAUUGCUGAAAGUCAAAAACAAAAAGAUCAAUUGACAAGCUUUCAGCAACUAACAAAUCAACUGCAUUUCAACAACGAAAAAACAGAGUCACUUAAUCAGGUAUUUAAGAAGACUGUAACAGAACAGAAUGUAGAACUGGACCAGCUACGCAAGCAACAGAGACAAUCCAAGUUGGACUUGAGAACAGCAGCUGCUAAGGUUGAUCAAAUGACCAGACUGAUUGAGAAUCUUCAGGCCCAGGUAGAUAGAAAGGAAGAAGAGGUGCUUGCUGCUCAGGAAAGAGAGGAAGCAUCAGACAAACGCUUGCAUCAGUUGCAAUCUAGUGUAAAAGAACUGGAGAAAAGGCUUUGUGUAGCUGCCGAAGAUUUAAAAGAGCUAAGAACAGAAAAAACAAACCUAGAAAAACAAAUCCAAGAGCUGACUGUGAAGUGCACUGUUAUAGAAAGGGAGAAGAAUGAUGCUAUGGAAGAGGCUUGUAAGAACAUCCAACUCUUAGAAGAAGCUAAUCUGCAAAAGAGUCAGGCAAUGAUAUGUGCAAAACAAAAGGAAGAGGAGAUUGAAAAUAUGAAGGAAGCAUUUUCUCAUCUGCUUCAAGAUGCUGCUUCAAGUACUAGAAAGGAAGUAGAAAAUGAAAAGAAAAGGUGCAAUAUUCAGAUAUCCCGAUUAGCAGAAGAAAUUGAUGCACUCCAGAAGGAAUGUGAAGAGAAGCAGAUCCAAAUUGAGCGGAGUGCAAGAGAAAGGCAAACUGUGGAAGAAGAGCUAGAGAAGGUGUACCGUGAAGGUAGAGGAAAUGAAGGCGAUUCUAGAAAACUAGAAGAGCUUUACCAAAGGUGUCUCAUUGCUGAACUAGCCAAAGAUGAUUUGCAACGAAGUCUACAAACAGCACAAAACAAAAUUAAGCAACUUGAAAUGAACUAUGAGGAACAGAGAAACAGUGGUCAGGAAAUGAUUUACAAGUUGCAAAGUAUUCUGGAAUCCGAAAGAAAGAACUGUGGCUCUGUCAGUGAAGAGCGCCUAAAACUCCAGCAAGAGAACGAGCAGUUUCAAAAAGAAAUGGAAGAAUUGAGAAAGUUGGCUGUGGAGGCACAACAAGCUGCAAAAUUAAAGAUAAGCAUAAUGGAGAAUGAGCAUAUAAUAAAAGAGCAUGGGUCUGAAGUUCGUUUGAAAGAGAUGGAAGACGUGCAUCGAAAGUCUACUGCUGAGCUGAGACGCCUCUUGAUAGCUCAACAGAAAGCAACAAACCGGUGGAAGGAGGAAACAAAGAAACUAACAGAAGCUACAGAAACCAGAAUAAAUAGUUUAAAAAGUGAGCUGAGCCAUCAAAAAAUUUACACCCAGGAGGUACUUUGUCAGCUGGAAAGAACAAAUGAAAAGGUUAUUGAGAAUGAAAAAUUAAUGAUGGAACAUCAAGAGAAAGUCAACAGACUUCAAAGGCGACUAAGCCAGGCAGAAGAGAGGGCAACCACAGCAUCUCAACAGCUCAGUGCAAUUACAAUGCAGAGGAAAAAGGCUGCCUCCUUGAUAGAGUUGGAAAAUACUUGCAAGUAAUAUAUUGUUCUUCCAUGCAACAUGUAAGUUGAGGCUGCUGAAGAGCAGCAUUAGGACAUAUCACGCAUAGAGUGACUUCUAUAAAAAUGUGCAUCACUGUUACCCGAGAAGAGAAUCACUGUGGCUUCUUCACGAUAAACAUUAAGCGGGUAACUGCAAAUACAUAUUGAAGUGAAUUAAAGCUAGAUGGAAAGGUGGAUUCCCUUAUAUAACAUGUUUUGUUUUAUGGUAGAAAACUUUGCCACAAAGUUUGAAAUACACAAUUGCUGAAUUUUAAGGUUUUUUACAACUGACAGUACCUAAUGUUGUGUUAAUAAACUCAGCAUUUUAAAACUA